AGACACACAUAGGUUAAAACACACACACACACGUCCUGAGCUCAACAACAAUUUGACCUCGGCUGAAUUUUCACAAUGAGCUUGCAUAUCAUGCUCGAGGCUAUAGGUAAAAUAUCUGUCUCCCUCUGUUUCCAACAGACGUAGGUACAAUUACGAAAUUCCCCCAGAGAAGACGACGACAAGACACUUUUAUUCGUUAGACUGAGUCACACACACAACUGGUCUAACCUCUGCUACUAUUUCACUCCUUUCCCAGCACAGCAUCGGCUGCUUUUAACUCGUUUUUUUUAAUAUUAUUUGAAAUCUCAUUUUUGGGUAUUGCAUUGUUGUCGGUCGGCCACAAGUUCACAUUUCACAGUUCACACUUCGGCAGCCGUGGUGUUUAGUCGACACUUGGACUUCCUACUACCGGUUGCGUGCGAUUAAGGUUAGAGUUGGUCGUUCUUUUACGUUUUGCUUCUUCUCACUGCUGCCUUUUUCAUUCCAAUGUUUCCUCACUCGUUUAUUUUUUUUAAACAAAUUAUUAUCUGGGUUGAGCGGCCAUGUUUCUCCCACUGAUAGGAUCUUGAAUUUUAUAGUUUUUCUCGACGACAAUCGUAUCGCACUUUAGUAUUCGACCUGUGAUCGCAUUGGCUGUGUUGGAAACUUAUCGGCUGGCAUCCGGCCAACUCCAUUUAGUGAGUGCAUUGCGAGCAAAGUUUUGUUUAUCGUACGUGUAGUUUCUGGCUUGUUGGUUGUGUGUAUAUUUGUGUGUGUACGUGUACAGAGAGAGAGAGAGAGCAUUUGCAACAUCGCACACACCCCCCGUGACGGAGAACGGCUGCUGUGCUGGGGCCUCCUCGAAGGAAAAGCCACGACAAUCGCAGAGUGUGCCAUUCCAUUUCGUCAACGCAGCGCCACCUGACACGUCUUCCCAGUCCGAGUAGCCGACUGAUUAAGUAUAAGUAAGGUAAGCCGAGACGGGCAGAGGACACUUGAGAAGAAGCCAACAUGCCGGCUGAUAACGAAUUGACUGCCAAGCUGACGCGACGCUUAGACCGAAACGAAGCGCUGGAGCAAGGCCAGCAGGUAACCAACACCUACCGCACGACCGGUGUCAGCAUCUACAGCGAAUUCUCAGAGUUCAGCCGCAAGCAGAUCAAGGAAUAUGAAAAAGCUUUCAAAAAGUACGACGCCGGCGGGGAUGGAUACCUGGAUCUUGAAGAGCUCAAGGUGACCAUGGAGAGGUUGGCUGCUCCCCAGACCCACUUAAGUCUCAAAGCUAUGAUCAAAGAAGUCGACGAAGACCAGGAUGGAAAGCUUAGCUUCAGAGAGUUCCUGUUGGUGUUCCGCAAGGCUGCAGCCGGAGAGCUACCCGAAGAUUCCGGACUGUGUCGUCUAGCAGCGCUGACGGAUAUUGAUGUCGGACAAGUCGGUGUUAAUGGAGCGGCCAACUUCUUCGAAUCAAAGAUUGAAGAAUUAACUAAAACGAGCAAAUUCGAGGCCGAGAUUCGAGAGGAACAGGAGAUGAAGAAACGCGAAUUGGAGCAGAAGAAAUUACGCCGAGCCGAAUUCAAAGAAAAAGCUUCUCUUUUCAGCCAGCAAAACUGAAGAGACGUUCGAAGAUAGCAAAAAUAUGACGAUUCGGGCCGUCCGCAUAAUAAUAAUUGUUUGCGCUGUUCCGCCAGUUGAUCAGCAUGUACGCAUACGUUUUUAACGAUAGACUAUAUAGAUCGGAAAUAAUAUUGCACUCCACUUUCACCACGGCCACAAUAAUGAUAGAAAUAACGGAGUUUUCAGCUUUUUUUAACUACUCGAACGUUCAUAACUAACUAGUCUUUAUUUUGCAUGUGUAUUUCUCAGUAAAAAAAAACAAUCUUUGUAGCAAAAUCUUCCGUUCAUAUUUUCAUGAUUUUGCUGCUUUUUUUUACAACGAACAUUUCCGCUGACCUGACGUUUUGUACCCGGGAUUUAAUAAUACAUGGAUCUUGAAUCUA